AAAUGAGUUGCACAAUUGAAAAAGCCUUAGCAGAUGCAAAAGCACUGGUGGAACGGCUGAGGGAACAUGACAACGCAGCAGAAGCUCUUAUUGAACAGACUACAGCUCUUAACAAGCGGGUUGAAGCAAUGAAACAGUAUCAAGAAGAAAUUCAAGAGCUCAAUGAAGUAGCAAGACAUCGUCCUCGGUCUACAUUAGUGAUGGGUAUCCAGCAAGAAAACAGACAGAUUAGGGAAUUGCAGCAGGAAAAUAAAGAACUACGCACAUCUCUUGAAGAGCAUCAAUCUGCUUUGGAACUCAUAAUGAGCAAGUACAGAGAACAGAUGUUCAGGUUGCUUAUGGCGAGCAAAAAGGAUGAUCCAGGUAUAAUAAUGAAGUUAAAAGAGCAACAUUCCAAGGAGCUGCAAGUGCAUGUGGACCAAAUUACAGAAAUGGCAGCAGUAAUGAGAAAAGCCAUUGAGAUCGAUGAAAAGCAUGGCUGUAAAGAGCAGGAGCGUAUCAUUCAGCUGGAACAAGAAAACAAAGGUCUGAGAGAAAUUCUUCAAAUAACUAGAGAAUCAUUCCUGAACCUCAAGAAAGAAGAUGUGUCAGAGAGCACGUCUCUGUCAGGAUUAGUAACAAGCAGUGAUUUAAGCCUGAGAAAAAGCUGAAGACUCUGGAAGUCAACAAUUUUCAGUUGCACACUUUACAAAGUAUCAGGGGUCACUUGUCAAGCACUUGUUACUGAAUAGGGCACCAGCGAGCUAAUGCAUCUUAAACUCCAGUUUAGUGGCUUUUUUACUGGAUAAAAGAAAUUAAAAUCGCUGUUCUACAAAAACCUUAGUGACAAAUAAAUUGCCAUAGAUCUAACUUCAGUAGAAAAUGGAUUAAUGCACUUACUGAAUUGGGAAUUAUUUUUAUAUUAAGUCAUUCAACAGAUAAAAGACAAGAUUUCACAUAAUUUAUGGAAAUUAUUGCU